AUGAAUUCAAUCUACACUUGCGCUGAAUGCAACACCGAUCUCAAUCUCAACUCCGCCUGCGCUUACCCACCCGACUUCUACUUCGAAUCCGGAAACAAAAACUCAAUUUCCUUCUCCGCAGUCGACGCCACCAAGUUCAAAUUCGAAAAAGAAGAUAAGAUUCGUCCUUUCUUCGAAACACUCGACUAUUGGGGAAUUCAUAGAAACAGAACUAAGAUCAAGUGUAAUAGUUGUAAUCAUCUCGUUGGUUAUAUAUACGAUGAUGGUCCUCCUGUUACUAAUUCUACUGGUCAGUUUCAUAUGGGUCCUAGUCAAGUUAUUCCUAGAGCUCCUAGGUAUAGGUUUAAAUCCAAAGCAAUUCGAAUCAAUUCAAAUUGA